AUGCGUCAGUCAACCGGUUUGCUGCUUUAUUAUCUAAUGCACGUGUGCGCAGACGGAAGUUUCAUUCGCGAUGAAUCAACAGAUACACUAUUUUAUUCGCUAUCCGAAUGCUCCAGUUUGAGAUGCGCCAUGCAACAGUGCCUCAACUUGACAGACUGUACGGCCAUUUUGCAAUGCAAACCUGGUACCGGCCGUCCUUACUAUGGUACGGUGUCGCCGAGUGGUAUGCAAUAUGGCAUGGGAAGUGACCCCGAAAAUUGCUUCAAAUUCUCGAAGAACAAUGGGACUUGCCGAGCUUCCACUGAAAUCCCGAAGAUAACUACAACCGCAAAAUCGGCAGCAUUUCCCUCUAGCUUGAUCCCAGUUCCAAGAUAUAACGAUGCAAAGAUUAAUUAUUAUAAAAAUGUCAGCGGCAAGGUCCCGAUCGCCGACUACUGUAAGAGAUGCGUCUGGCAUAUCGCUGCCGUUUCCUCGGCACCGGAAUGUCCUGCUUUAGUACCAUUGUACGUCAGCAAGGAUGGAAAAACCCUGAACCUAACGGCUGCCGCGGAUUCGACCCUGCUCGGCCUUGUGAGCACAACGUGGCGCUAUUGUGCCGCGAACGUUACCAUCAGCCAAUACACUCGAGGAACUGACACGCUCUAUAAGUCCAACCCGCCGGACGGCUACAACUUGCCCCGCUACUUCAACUCGACGGAUCGCAUCCAGCACCGCAAGUUCAACCCUGCCUCCCCCGUCCAGCACAUCAACUAUUGUCGUCUCUACCACACCGACCGCUCCUCAAUUGAUAACGGACGCCCCCUUAUUCCCUAUAGCAAUGGAUUCAACUUCGACUCCUUCUACGGCUUGCCCUUCUACAACUCGCUCCACGAAACCCAGCCAACAACCAUUACGCACCUACCAGAAGGGGUCCAAGCUCUACUACACGCGAGUCUCCGGAUCGACGCCGCAGGAAGACUACUGCGCUCGCGUGGUGACCCACCUGCUCUACGAACCGUUUACCCCUUGUCCGGAUCUGGUGCCUUGUACGCCACGUCGGACGGAAAAGACUUGACGCUGACAAACUCGGCAGGAGCAACAAUUGCCGGCUACGUGGCCAUAUCAGUGGGAUACUGUGGUGCCAGCCUGACAUCGUAUCGCUUGAGCUCGGGGGGCGUCCAGUUUUUCGUAACAAGCCCGGGCCUUCGUGGUGUGGCCACCGGCUGGUACACUUGGAAGCUGCCCAGCGGGUACAAAACGAUGCCGCCUCCGGAUCCGGAUUGCGCU